AUGAAGACUCUCCUGCUGCUGGUCCUCGCUGCCUUCUGCGCAGCAACCGAUGUGGUCAACGAAAAGGAUGUUCGAAAGCAUAUACUCGAGUUCAGCCCCAACCUUUUGACCGAUUCUUGCAGGAAAGUGUUCAACAAAUGCAAGGCCAAACUUCUGUCCAUGCUGGUGUUCACGAACGAGCUCUUGAAAAAGUUCGAAGAGUUUAAGGCCGUAAAAUGUGUCACUGAAGAGCUGGAAAAGGGAUUUCCUCGGUACGACCUCGAAUGUGACAUGAGAGGCGAACACAAAAAGGCUAUGGACUGCAUGUUGAGCGAUGAGAUACAGACUAUAGUGGGUCCAAAAGUUGUGGAAAGCACUUGGCCACUCACUAAAUGCCUGAUUGAGGCUUCGGUUGCUAAUCAAGGUGCGUAGGAGUCAGCGAGCAUCUGCAAUAAAUAAAGCAUAGAUUUCUUCA